AUGCUUGGUAUCAACAAAUUUGUCCCGCGCUCAAAGCGCUCUAUGCUCAAUAGAAUACGUCGUCUUGUUUGUACUAUCUUUCCGGGCUCUUGUACGCGUAUUUAUCGCGCUUUUUGUAGCAACUGUUUAUCUUCUUUGCAUAACGUGAAACCUGUAUUUUUUCGGAAACUCCUUAGAGCAUCCUUUCAAGACAUUGUCAUAAAGCCUUAUACCCGAUGGGGAAGUUACGCAAUCGGCCUCUUCUUCGGCUGGCUCUUGGCUGCGCGUCCUCGGCCUUUGGCGAUCCUAACUUGUCGAGCCCAUCGCACUGUGGUGCUCAUCGCUUUGGCCUCAGCCUCUGUGUUUUGUCUGUCCACAGUGUACGGUCUGUACGGCGUGACUAGCGGUCGUCAAGCUGCUUUGCCCACCUGGCUGGCUGCCCUCUACACCGCUGUCCAUCGGCCGGUGUUUACCCUUGGAGUGGCAAUUGUUGUAUAUUUGUGCGCUACCGGACAUGCGCGUGAGUUUAUGCGGUUGGCAACCACUUGCUAUCUAUUUGACUUACUCCCAACACAGCAUAAAAAUCGGGCACUCCGAAACCCAUAG